AAUUAAACACACGAAAUGGAACGUUAUUACCACCACUACGCCUUUCGGAAGAACGGGAGUGUGACGUCAAUACCUUCUUUCCUCUCUGGCGGCGUCUGGCAAGAAUGUGGGCGGGUCGCUCAGGUGUUCUUCUCCAAAAGUUUGUUCUCGACGAUUAGUUCAAGUGAAGCUUCCGUUCGAGCAGGUUUUACUCAUCGGAGAUCUGACACGAGAAAAUUUGAUUUGUGUAUAUACUCAAGUACUGCUGACUUAAGUUGGGUGUUGAGUAGGUGGAAGAAGGACUUGUCGACAAACGAGGAGAAAAUGACUGAGAAAAAAGCUUCGGGAAUUAGUAACCCUGCUUUUGAGAAGGACGAAGUUGGCGAUGCCCCUGCAAAACAAAAUGGCGUCGCAACGGUCUCGAAAUACAGCAAUCUCCCGGAGGCGGAGAAGAAGAUACUGAAAUUCAAGAUCCUGAAGAAUAUUGUCAUCAUUUCCAUCGCUUUCGUUUUCCUCUUCACCAGCUACAAUUCGAUGGCCAAUCUCCAGUCUUCAAUUAACGACGUCGACGGCACAGCCUCCCUCUCCACCUUGUACGCGGCUCUCGUCAUCUCCUGCUGCUUCGUGCCUUCCUGGCUCAUCAAAAAACUGAAGACUAAAUACACGAUAGCCCUCUGCAUGUUGGGCUACUCGACCUACAUCGCUGCCCAGUUCUACCCUGAGAUCUACACGCUCGUACCCACGGCUAUCAUUCUGGGUCUGGGAGCCGCGCCCAUGUGGUCUGCAAAGUGCACAUACUUGACGAAGGUCGGAGCAAUCUACGGCGACCUCGUGGGCGAAGAGAGCGAGGUGAUCAUAACCCGUUUCUUCGGAAUCUUCUUCCUGUUCUUCCAGUCGACUCAGGUGUGGGGGAACCUCAUCUCUUCCUCAGUUUCGGCGAAGACGAGGAAAACGAUGCAAAUUCGGGCAAAACGGGCGUGCAACUCCUCGUGGCUUCCUUCAACCACAUGCGCCAUCCGUACCAACUGCUGAUCAUUCCCCUCACCAUCUGGUCGGGCGUCGAACAAGCUUUCAUCGGCGCCGACUACACUGCUGCCUACGUCUCCUGCGGCCUGGGUGUCCACAUGGUCGGCUACGUCAUGAUCUGCUUCGGGGUUUGCGACGCUAUCUGCUCCGUCAGCUUCAGCCCGCUCGUCAAGAUCUUUGGGCGAAUCCCUGUCUUCACCAUGGGCUUCGUCAUCAACUUGGGCAUCAUUAUCACCCUCAUUCACUGGAUGCCACGGCCGGAUGACCUGCCCGUUUUCUUCGUCAUUUCCGGAUUGUGGGGCGUUUCUGAUGCCGUGUGGCAGACGCAGAUCAACGCUCUCUACGGCGUGAUCUUCCCCGGCGAGUCCGAGGCUGCCUUCAGCAACUACCGCCUGUGGGAGAGCUUGGGCUUCAUCAUCGCCUACGCCUGCAGCACCCUCAUUUGCAUAGAGGCCAAGAUAACGAUCCUCCUCGUCUUCAUCUCCCUCGGCGCCGUCGGGUAUUACGUUAUCGAGGCGAUCGAGUGGCGCGGUGGACUUCGCAAAGAUUCGGAGGGCAAAGUUAUCCCGAUUGAUAAGCUGUUCGUGGAGUGAAGAGUUGAUUGGUGAAGAUGGUUGAUUGCAGGUGGUUGCGAGGAGGUUGAUGAAAGGGGGGGUGGGGGGUCGUCUGGUUGGUUUGGCCGUGCCAGUGAAGUUUAUAAGAGGCCCUUGGGGAUCUUUGAAGGUCUUAGGAUGUUAGAAGGUCUUUUGGUGGGUGUGAUGAAGAGGUCGUUUGUGUGUAGCUGUCUGAAGGGUGUAUGGUCGUUUCAAGUGCGUAUGGUAGGCUGUUUAAUGUGAAGGUGAGAGGUUGAUUGGUUGUUUUGUUGUUUGUGGAGUGGAGAGAAGUCGUUCGUUUGUUUGUGGAGUGAGAAAAGAAGGGUCUCUGCUCGUAUGAACAGAAAGCAGAAAGGUUGUUUCUAGUAUGGAGAUACAAUAUCAAUAGUAAUGAUAAUAAGUUAUUAAUGUAUAUCAAUAUUAAUCAUUGUUAUUAUUAUUAUCAUUAUUAUUAUAUUAUUGCUAAGGUAUUUGUGGAGUGAAGAAAAAAAAAACGUUUGUUUGUGGAGUGAGGGAGAAAGGUCGUUGAUGAUUGUGGAGUGGAAAAUCUUUCUUGAGAAAGUUAUUCAGCUAAGUUAUAUAUUUGUAGAGAUCUUAUUAGGUGAAAAUAAGGUGUCUUUUUGUAGAUAAAUUGUUUACGCCUUAAGGUGUAAAGAGCUUACAGGGAAAAAAUCAAGUUGAAAUGAGUGAGUGCGAGUUAUACAAAGAUGCCCUUUGUCUGUUCUUGUAAAAUGUUCCUUUGUCUAUUGUAAAAUAGUGUAUUUCACUCCUUUUAAUUGUGCCUUCCUCCCCUGAGCAUUGUAGCAUAUUGUUCAGAUGUACACAAUAUUGCAGUUAAGAACUAGUCAAUAGAACAUUUCUUUUUGAAUGACAUUUUAUCCGUAAUUUCAUUGAAAAGACAUAUGAUAUAUCUACUGAUAUAUAUAUUUUUUUUUUCCUUCUUUUUUUUUUUUAGUCACGAUCAAAAAUAUUCCGAAUGCCGAUUCGAUGCUUCAUUUGCGACACAACUUCUGUCCGGGACUAUAAGUUAGGGAAAUCUUAAUACUUUUUUUUGCUCUAUGUUACCCUGGGCAGGUGUUUAUAUGACGCUAUUCUUUAACAUGGAAGCGUUGAGAUUCUGUGGCUCUAUCUGUCUUAUCGAGACUAUUGGGAUCAUAGUCAGAGAUAUAGCAGAAAGAAAAUACCCAUUCCUGUCCAUUCCAAGUUAUUUUUGCAGUCCAUUCCGACUUGAAGAUGAAUUGAUAUUUACUUGAUUCAUUUUCAAGUGUCGUUUGAUUUUAAUACUUGUAAAUUUUUUCCCCGGUGAUCUUUGUAGGCAAAAUGUCUAGCUUCUUGUCUCGUGAAAAAAAGGAUGUGUAUAUAGAUAAAUAAAUGUGUAAAAUAGAAAGGUAUAAAUCAAACACAAAAACACGGAGAGAUAGAUGAUGAAAAGAACAAAAAUAAAUAAGGCGUUUUUUCGACAAAGGCAAGACAUUUUGAUGACAAAUUGUCCGCCAAAAUACGCUUUUUGGGUCUCUUGUAACCGGUGUGUUAGAGUAUGAAAUAUAAUGUAGAUAUGUAACUAAUGAUUUGUCUAAAAAAAAAUAAA